CUUCCGGUUUGGUGGCAUUACACGCGCGCGGCCACUGCAAGGGCUCGGGGGUCGUUUGGUGCAGUGUUCCGGCACCUCAGCCCUCCAGAGUACUAUGAGGUCGGUUAGCUAUGUGCAGCGCGUGGCGCUGGACUUUAGCGGGAGUCUCUUCCCGCACGCCAUCUGCCUUGGAGAUGUAGAUAACGACGCGUUAAAUGAACUGGUAGUGGGAGACACCAGCGGAAGACUGUCUGUGUAUAAGAAUGACGGCAGCCGGCCAUGGCUUACCUGUUCCUGCCAGGGAGUGUUGACUUGCGUUGGGGUCGGAGAUGUGUGUAAUAAAGGGAAGAACCUGGUGGUGGCAGUCAGUGCAGAGGGCUGGCUGCACUUAUUUGACCUGACCUCUACCAAGGCUCUGGAUGCUUCUGGGCACCAUGAGACACUGGGAGAGGAGCAACGACCUGUCUUGAAGCAGCACAUCCCGGCCAACACGAAGGUCAUGCUGAUCAGCGACAUCGAUGGAGACGGCUGUUAUGAGCUGGUGGUAGGAUACACAGACCGUGUGGUGCGUGCCUUCCGCUGGGAAGAGCUGGCAGAGGGACCUGAGCACCUGGCAGGGCAGCUGGUGUCCCUCAAGAAGUGGAUGCUGGAAGGUCAGGUAGACAGUCUGUCUGUGACCCCGGGGCCUCUCGGUGUGCCUGAGCUGGUUGUGUCGCAGCCAGGAUGUGCUUAUGCAGUUCUACUGUGCACCUGGAGCAAGGACCCUGGCUCCCCUCCUGCCUCUGAGGAGGGCACAGGAGACAGGAGGGAGACCCCAGCUGCCCGGGAUGUAGUGCUGCACCAGACAUCUGGUCGGAUCCACAACAAGAACGUUUCCACUCACCUAAUUGGCAACAUCAAGCAAGGUCACACCCCUGAAGCUGGUAACUCGGGCCUCUUUGCCUUGUGCACCCUAGAUGGGACACUGAAGCUGAUGCAAGAAGCAGAUAAGCUGCUGUGGUCUGUGCAGGUGGAUCACCAGCUUUUUGCCCUGGAGAAGCUGGAUGUCACAGGCAAUGGGCUUGAGGAGGUAGUAGCAUGCGCCUGGGAUGGACAGACAUAUAUCAUCGAUCACAACCGCGCUGUUGUUCGCUUCCAAGUGGAUGAAAAUAUCCGUGCCUUCUGCGCAGGCCAGUACGCCUGCAAAGAGGGCCGCAACAGCCCCUGCUUGGUGUAUGUCACUUUCAAUCAGAAGAUCUAUGUGUACUGGGAGGUGCAGCUGGAGCGCAUGGAGUCCACCAACCUUCUGAAGCUGCUGGAGGCUGAGCCUGAGUACCACAGCCUGCUGCAGGAGCUGGGUGUGGAUCCUGAUGAUCUCCCUGCAGUCCGUACCCUGCUUCACCAGGCUCUCUACCAUCCGGACCAGCCGCCACAGUGUACUCCAUCAAGCUUCCAGGACCCCACCUAGCUGGCCUUGGCCACUUAGCUGGUGAAGGGUCCUUCUGAGGCCCCACCCUACCCCAGAGUGAGCCGUGAUCUUGGCAGGGUGGGGAAUGGAGAUCUCAGAGGAGCAGGACUUGAGCAUGGAAGGAGGGCAGCACCCCGAGAGCCUUUGAUGAAUGA